AUGAGCAACCAGACUGUUGUCUCCCAGUUCAUUCUCCUGGGUCUGCCUGUCCCCCAAGGGUACCAGCACCUGUUCUACGCCCUGUUCCUGGCCAUGUACCUCACCACCGUCCUGGGGAACCUCAUCAUCAUCAUGCUCAUUCUUUUGGACUCCCAUCUCCACACACCCAUGUACUUGUUUCUCAGCAACUUGUCCCUCACUGAUCUCUGCUUUUCCUCUGUCACAAUGCCCAAGUUGCUGCAGAACAUGCAGAGCCAGGACACAUACAUCUCUUUUGUGGGUUGUCUAACACAAAUGUACUUUUUCAUGGGUUUUGGAGGCCUGGAGAUCUUUCUUCUUGUAGUCAUGGCCUAUGACCGCUACGUGGCCAUCUGUUUACCCCUUCAAUAUUCCAGCAUCAUGAGCCCCAAGCUCUGCAUGUGUGUGGUGCUGCUCUCCUGGGUAUUUCCCAUGCUCUGUUCCAUGUUGCAUACUCUACUCUUGGCUAGAUUGUCAUUUUGUGAGAACAAUGUCAUUCCUCACUUUUUCUGUGACAUAUCUGCCCUGCUCAAGUUGGCCUGCUCUGACAUUUAUAUUAAUGAACUAAUGAUAUUUGUUGUGGGAGGGUUCGUUAUGGUCAUCCCAUUCUUACUCAUUGUUGUGUCCUAUGUACAAAUUAUCUCCUCAAUCCUAAGGAUUUCUUCUACUAGGGCCAUCCACAAGGUCUUCUCUACCUGUGGCUCCCACCUGUCUGUGGUCUCACUGUUCUAUGGGACAGUUAUUGGUCUUUAUUUACAUCCUUCAGCUAGUAUCUCUACGGUUAAGGAGAUUGUCAUGUCCCUGAUGUACACAGUGGUGACUCCCAUGCUCAAUCCCUUCAUCUACAGCCUGAGAAACAGAACUAUGAAAGAGGCCCUGAUCAGAGUCCUUUGCAAGAAGAGAAUCUCUUUAUAA